AUGAGCGACAACACAGCUCACAAUUUGGUGUUGUGGCAAUCACAGAAAGACCACAAAGCGAAAUUCAUGAUAUGGCUCUUAUGGAAACGCUCACGACGAGUUGUGGCAAUCAAAGAAAGAUCACAUAGCGAAAUUCAUGAUAUGGCUCUUAUGGAAACGCUCACGACGAGUUGUGGCAAUCAAAGAAAGAUCACAAAGCGAAAUUCAUGUUAUGGCUCUUAUGGAAACGCUCACGACGAGUUGUGGCAAUCAAAGAAAGAUCACAUAGCGAAAUUCAUGAUAUGGCUCUUAUGGAAACGCUCACGACGAGUUGUGGCAAUCAAAGAAAGAUCACAUAGCGAAAUUCAUGAUAUGGCUCUUAUGGAAACGCUCACGACGAGUUGUGGCAAUCAAAGAAAGAUCACAUAG